AUGAGUUACAAUGCUUAUGAGGGCUGCUCGCAAUCAGACCACACCGUUUUCGACGACAGAGACUCUUCGGCCUUCCUGGACAGCACACAAGACGAGGGCUACUUCAAUACAUCCCACAGAGAAGGUGGGCCUGCCCAAGAUCGAUAUUUAUCCUACCGACAACCCGAUCUCGAAAAUGAUGGAGCAAACCAACAGUAUCAUGCCCUGAGCAACGCUCCUUCGAACGAACAAUUCGCGCCAGUCGCUAACGAACCGCAUCACACAAUGGUCGACUUUUCACGACCUGCGGCAGGGAUACAUCGAAUACCUGGUAGAGGGAGCAUAUCCUCGUCGACCAACCGAGCAAGUUCGUCAGCACCUCUUCACGCGCGGAGUGGGAGCGACAGCAAAUUUCGAGUUCAAAAAGAGACCCACGCUCACAAAGAAGCACACUCAAAAUAUCCCGCACAGGACGAACACACAUGGCCGAUUCGAGAGAGGAACCGCCAGGCUGCCAUCAGAUUCAGGAUGAGACAACGGCAGGGAGUCGCGAGACUAAAGUCGGACGAGCAGGCCGUGGAGAAGCGCCAUGAAGAGCUGCGCAACCACGUGGAUAGCCUCAACAAGGAGAUUCUGUGUCUCAAGAUGCAGGUCCUACAGCAUACAAAUUGUAACUGCAUUCCAGUGCAUCACUACGUUGAGCAGGAGGCACAGCAAUAUCUUGACUCCAUGCGUCCUAUGUGA